CUCCACUACACCACGCUCGAGGCUCAACUUGCAUCUCCAACAACAGCCUCCCUCCCUCUCCUCCCAUAUCGACGCCUCAGGGAGGAGCAUGCGCGGGCUACACAUUCUCGUGUGUGGGUCCUCUGGCUGCCGCAACUCUUGCUAGAUGCCCCAAUGGUCCGACUCUCCCUCUUCCGCCUGCCCACCAAGCUCCGGCGAAGGGUCAGGCGCAACCGCAUGGCGACUCUCAUCGCCCUCGUCGUCCUCGUAGGCCUCCUGGUCUUUCCCUUCUACUCGGCAUACUGCAUCUACAAGCCUCCGCGUUUCCUCAUCGGCUGGCUGCGCAGGAAAUAUCCCGACGUUCUCUUCGAGGAGACGACCGACCAAAAGAUCAUCGCCCUAUCCAUCGACGAUGCGCCCUCCGCACACACGGACGAGAUUAUGCAGGUUCUGCAGGAGAACGAUGCACAUGCCACCUUCUUUGUCAUAGGGUCCCAGGUCGAGGGUCGCAAGGAUAAACUGGUCAAGCUGGUCAAGAACGGCCACGAGCUGGGCAACCAUGCCAUGCACGAUGAGCCCUCGAGGUCACUCAGCAAUGAGCAGCUGCUAAAGGAGGUUCACAUGGUGAAGGAGAUGCUGACAGAGGCGUACGCAGCCAAUGGAAAGAUCCUCGACAACAACUACUUCCGUCCAGGCUCGGGCCUAUUCAACUGGCGAAUGCGUGAUGUGCUGGGAAACCAGGGCUUUCGCAUAACGCUGGGGAGUGUUUAUCCACACGACCCUCAGAUUCCUUACCCAGACACCAACGCCAAACACAUCUUGAGCAUGGCUCAUCCAGGUGCUAUUAUCAUCUGCCACGAUAGAAGGUCGUGGACACUGCCCAUGCUGCGUACCGUUCUUCCCGAGCUUAAGCGGCAGGGGUACAAGAUUGUCACCAUCACUGAGCUCGUGAAAUCUGUGUCGUCACAGAACCUAAGACAGUGA